CCAUCACACACGUGACAACGACAGAACCAAUAAACAACGAAACAACGUAUUGUCGGCGUUUCUCAUAUGAUAUUUCAAUUUUCACUUUGCAACUUGCAUCUUCUCACCAUGGCCCCAGUUCUCUUCCACCGCCAUCAAACUACUACUGUCACACUCACCACCUUCCACCGCCCUUUCACCCUUUUAAUAUUCAUCACCACCACUCCACUUUCUUCACAACCCUCACCAGACAAAUAAACCGUUUUUUUUCUGUUAUUCAGAAGUUAACAUGAAUCCAAAUGAUGAGAAAAACUCUCCCAAGUUUGAUGCAUCAGUGCCUGUGCCUAUGGAGUGUUUGCUGAUGAACAACACUGUUCCUCCGUUUCUGUCAAAAACAUUCGAUUUAGUGGAUGAACCUUGUUUGAAUCCGAUUAUAUCAUGGAGUUCUAGUGGUUCUAGCUUCGUUGUGUGGGACCCUUUGGAGUUUGCUAGAAUCAUUUUGCCUAGACAUUUCAAACACAACAAUUUCUCCAGUUUUGUUCGUCAGCUUAAUACUUAUGGAUUCCGAAAGAUCGACACUGACAAAUGGGAGUUUUUCAAUGAAGGUUUCCAAAAAGGGAAGAAGCAUUUACUGAAGAACAUUCAAAGGCGCCGGUCGUCUCAAUCUCAACAAGUUGGUAACUAUGUUGGAUCUUCUUCUGAUGCAGCAGGGAAAUUUGGAGCCGAGGUUGAGAUAGAAAGAUUGAAGAAGGAGAGGAGUGUCUUAAUGCAAGAAAUGGUUGAUUUGCAGAAACAACAGCGAGCAACAGCUCAUCAAGCAGGAAAUGUGAAUCAAAGGCUUCAAUCUGCUGAACAAAGGCAGAAACAAAUGGUUUCCUUCUUAGCCAAGUUAUUUCAAAAUCCGGACUUUUUAGCGCGGCUUAAGCAGAAGAAGGAACAAAAAGAUAUAGAAUCUCCAAGAGUCAGAAGGAAGUUUGUUAAGCAACACCAAAAUGAAGAAGAGAGUCUCAAAGAUGGGAAGAUAGUGAGGUACCAAGCAAAUUGUGAAAGUAAAGAACUAAGUCCAGUUUCCAUCGAACACUCUCCGCUCUAUCUUUCACAUGAUUUAGCUAAAGAAUUGAGUGCAGGUGAAGAUGAUUUUACUUCUCAAAUUGAGAAUAUUUCUUUAGAAGAAUAUGCUGCAAUGCAUGAUAUUUUGUCACCUAAUUCAGAAAUCAUUAUUGGUGAAGGAUCAUCUAGCUUUGGACUUGAUGAACAAUUGUUCAAAGGGAAAAAUGUUAUUAGUCCAAAUGAAGAAGCUAUAACUGAGAAUUUUGAAGUGUUUCAAGAGUUUCAACUUCUAGGGACAGAAAGUGUUAUCAAGCAAGAAGACAUGUGGGGUCCAAACAUGAAUGUUGGUUCAAGCUGUGGGAAUGAGAUGUGGGGAAAUCCUUUGAAUUAUGGAGUACCUGAGUUUGGAGUUAUUACAAGUGACAUGUCAGAGACAGAUGUGUGGGAUAUUGGUUUUGGAAGUUUAGGUAUUGAUAAGUGGCCAGUUGAUGAAUCUUCUUUUGAUGAGAUAGAUAGUCAAGCUGGUAAGCCGAAAGAUUAUUAGACAAAAAAUUGCAGUUUCAAUGUGAUUUUACACUGAAGCUGCUAUGCAUUUGUUGCGUAUCAGCAGUUAUAGUUACUAGGGGGGUCAUAUGAUUGAAUAACUUUGAUUUAUAAACAAUAUUCUUAAGCUUUCAUUCUUUGUUUAUUCAAAUCUGUUAUUCUUUUGA